AUGCACCACAGCCGGAGAAAGUCAGGGCACGGUCUGCCUACCACAACUUCGACCGACGUCCGAAAAACCGUUACUGCAUCCGACCCUACCAAGUACAAGCGACCCGUCAUGACUCGAAGGCACACACCACAAAAACUCGGCCGCGGUCAGCGUGAACGUGAGCGCGAACAGAAAGAGUCUUGGGAAGAUGAGAGAGAGAGUUUCCCGCAGUUUUGCAUGACGUGCGAGAAGCAGUUCAUCCCUCAUGAUGACAUGUUCCUUUACUGCUCCGACAACUGUCGAAGUGUCGACCAGACCGCAUCGCCACAGCCGGCUUCUUCGGUCAACCAUUACGCGUCUGCAAACUACCCAUUCUAUUCUGCGGGACACCCGGAGCCUAAAGACAUCAUCCCGCGAGCUUCUCCUUCACGGCCCAGCUCGAUACUUUUGGGUUCUCCACCAACCACGCCGGGAACCGGAGCGCCGACUUACCAACACACUUCGGCCAUCUCGGCCCUCCGUUCCCUCAAUGUCCGGCCUCCGAGUCCUCCGUCGCCCACAGGCAGCUCCAGUAACCUGUGGCCCUUUAGUCGCAGUGCUGCGACCAGCCCCUACAGCUCGUACAGCCGGCCUUCUGCGCCUUACCUUUCAUCGACGUAUGACGGAGGGUACUACGGCGCUGGCGGCGGCGCAUACAACUACGAAGUGACUUCGGGCGGAAUGGACCGACCGCUGCCUUCUCGCCAUCCUAGCACCUACUCUCGACCCAAGAGCAUUGAGCUUGUGACACCCUUGUUCGGCAGAUGA